GUUCAGAUAGUUGAAAGGGGAUUUAGUUGGGUUUCUUGGUCAGGGGAUCCGUCAGCCCAACUGAUCUGAGAAAACAGGGGCUUCUGUGUCUUUGGGGAAAUCAUGGCUCGCGCUACAGGUGUGCGCGGGCCCUUUUUACUGGUUUUGUUGGAGAUAACCCUCAUCUGCACGGCGCAGAGGGCUGGUGCCGGAUCUCCUGGUCCUCCCGGUGUGGCCGGAAUAGACGGCAUUGCUGGGGAGAGAGGUGAUGCCGGUGAAGAGGGUUCGACUGGUCCUGAUGGAGAUACUGGAAAACCUGGCUCUGCAGGACUUCCUGGAUUACCUGGAGCCGAUGGAUUGACUGGCCCUUUAGGAGAACCAGGCCUCGAUGGCCCUUCAGGACAAAAGGGAGAACCUGGCAAACCUGGACCCAGAGGAGAGGCGGGUUUUGGACCUGAUGGACCAAUUGGACGACCAGGACCAGGAGGACUUCCGGGCGAGCUGGGAAAAGUUGGACCCCCUGGAUCAAUGGGUGUGAGAGGGCCACAGGGGCCCCGUGGACCAACCGGACCCCGUGGUGCUGCAGGGAUGCUGGGCGGAACAAUGGAACUGUGCCCCAACGCUUGCUCAGCAGGUACAUCUGGUCAUCCUGGUUUGCCUGGGAUGAAGGGUCAUAAAGGGGGGAAAGGAGAAUCCGGAGAGCCUGGUAAACAAGGACACAAGGGAGAGGAGGGAGAUCAGGGGGCAGUUGGAGAGGUCGGCGCUCAAGGCCCAACUGGGCCGCAGGGAAUUCGAGGUGCCACUGGUAUGAUUGGCUCCAAAGGAGAAAUGGGCCCUCGAGGUGUUGAUGGUGACCCAGGCCCUCAGGGGGUUUCAGGGGCUACGGGGGAUCGAGGCCAAAGAGGAGGAAUGGGAGAAGCUGGCCCUAAAGGCGAACAGGGAUCUCAAGGGCUAAGAGGCAACACUGGUCUUCCAGGGUCAAAGGGAGAUGGUGGUUUGCCAGGAGUGGAUGGACGUGAGGGAAUUCCUGGCAUGCCAGGUGCCAAGGGCACCGUCGGAAAAGCUGGAAGCCCUGGGGAAGUUGGCCUUCAAGGACUCCCUGGUUUACCAGGAAGCCCAGGGCCAAAAGGUGGAGGAGGAGAGAAGGGUAAUUCUGGACAACCAGGCCUCAUUGGGACUAUGGGAUCUGCAGGCAAACAGGGUGAGCGUGGAGAACAAGGAGAAUUUGGACCCCUCGGGCCUAUUGGACAGCCUGGAGACAGGGGAGAGCAGGGGCCACUUGGACCAAUGGGAAAACCAGGAGCCAGAGGUCCGAAAGGUGACUUGGGCUUGCCUGGAAUUCCCGGACCGUCGGGCUUGCCAGGAAUAAAAGGAGAUAGGGGUGAAGCAGGUGAAGCUGGACCAAAGGGAGAACAGGGAGAUCAAGGUGCCGAGGGAACGCCAGGAGACAAGGGAGAUCUUGGUGAUCCUGGCCAACCUGGAGCUAAAGGCGAAGUUGGUAACCAGGGAGAUCCGGGCAAUAGAGGGCCAGAAGGUGCCCGUGGGCAGCCUGGCAUUGAGGGACCUCCUGGUAGUGCUGGACCACGUGGCAUGCAGGGGAACAGAGGAGCUCCAGGACCUCGUGGCUCCCAGGGACCAGCGGGUAAAGAACCAAGUGAUCAACACAUCAGACAAGUGUGCAUGCGCGUUAUGCAGGGGCAGCUGGCCCAGUUAGCUGCCAGUCUGAGGAGACCAGAGUCCGGUGCGGUCGGACUGCCAGGCAAACCUGGUCCCCCCGGCCCUCCCGGCCCCCCAGGUGACAGCGGCUUCCCAGGGCAUGCUGGUGUAAGAGGACUCCCGGGACUCAAAGGGCCUCCGGGACUUCUGGGUUUCAAGGGGCCGAAAGGUGAGAUGGGAGACAGAGGGGACAGGGGACCUACACAUCGGGGACCCAAAGGCAUGCCGGGACCUCCUGGAUUACCAGGUGAACCUGGAAAACCGGGAUACGGUCAGGACGGGCGUGAUGGAGAAAGGGGUCUACCUGGUUCCCCUGGUCAGUCGGGCGUUCCUGGACCUCCCGGUACAGCCGGACCACCCGGUUACUGCGAUCCUUCGGCCUGUAAUCUUAGCGCAGGCGCCGCACACCAGUCUCUCGAGGACUCUAGCAUGAAGGGACCGGGCAGAAACUAAAAAAAAAACCUUCAGGACAUUCGGAGAGACUCCUUUACAGCUCUGCGAAAAGCACAAAACAUUAUCGCCCCUCGCAGAUAGUUUUACUACCGCGCUACAGCUGUGAUGACUAAAACACUUUACCAGCUUCCCGUGUUCACCCGGUGCAAAUGAACUUUCACAGAACUUAUUGGUCAUCUAAUG